AUAUACAUAAUUCGUUUGCGUCUUGCACGUUGGGGUCGCGUUUCAAAACAAAUUUUUCGUCAAAUAUCGUUGUCCGAGUUCGAAAUCGCGCUAAUAAUAACCGUUUGUUUUGAAAAUUUAAAAAAAUUUUCUCCUCGUAAUUUUUCGCACUCGCAAGCGUGUCUAAUAAGUGAUUUUCGCCGUGACAACAUAAUACCAUUAUAUUAUAAUAUUACACUGUACGCAUACUGUAUACCGUGUGCGACGAUCAUUAUCGUACACAUACGCGCCGCACGCAGCGCAGCUCACGACGGACGCACGCACACACGCGGGCGCGCUCCGCGUACUGUAGCACUGUUCGUAACGAGUACUACUACUGCUGCUGCUAAACCGCGACUACGACUACGACUACAACUACAACUGUUGCUAUACAGUACAUAAGCCAGCACCGGUGUUGCGACGACAUUCGCUCGCCGGUAACGACCAUCAGCGGGCAUCAGCCGCAGCCGCCCACCGCCGACAAGUCAGCCCGUCUGAACAUGUCGUCGUCGUCGCCAUCAGCAGCUUCCAGCGCGCGCUGUUACGUGCCCAGAUCCGUGAUCGUGGCCGUCGUCGCCGCACUGGCGUCGUGCACCGACGCCGCCACAGUGAUGACCAGGAUGAAAGAAACUUCGAUGUUUAGAUCUAAAGGAGUCGUCGACGUGGAUGGAAAUGCCGCCGCAUCGACCAUGAAGGAUAACUCCGAAACGUACAACUUUAACGCUCAAAACUACACAAACGUCGCCAACAUUACCGACGCGGAAGACGAGGAUGCGACGUCUGGUGCAGUGGGCGAUGAGGAAGCGCUGUCCGCCGUAUGGUACUUGGCCGCGUUCGGUGGCCUGGUGCUGUUCUUCUUCGUGGUCACGUGCUCCGAACUGUUCUUUGGAAAUCCCAUCUAUACGCGCCGCCCCGUUGAGCUGCCGCACGCCGGCUACCUGCGCCGACACGUGUACGGCAUCCGGAACCAUGGACAGCACAACUACAAGCCCGAGACGCCACCACCGCCGUACCAUCUGUUCGCGCCACCCAGCUACGACGACACCGUUAAGGGAGGGUUUGGACAGGUGCAGCAGCAGUACCACCACCGCGCUCCGGUCGCCACCGGCAAGAAGCUCGCCGACGUGUAUGUGGUACCCGUGCACGCGGCCACGACCACUACCGCCAGCGCCAACAACUGCUCCACCACCUGCGCCACGUGCACCACUAACGCCGCGGCAGUAGCCGUGGCAGUGGCUGACGCCAAACUGUUGGCUGCCGUAUUACCACAGACGAAAUUCAAAUAAAAAUCGUCACGGCCGCCACCGACACUCAAAUCAACCCCCCCUCCCACUAUUCUUCCCCACAACGUUCGGUCCGCCCCUGGAUUUUUACCCCUUCGGACGGAUGGACGGGAACGACAACGACGACGACGACGACGACGACAACAAUAUUAUAAUUCUACCAAUUUUUUACGCGCAAGAAGACGACGACGCACGCGCGAAUAUAAUAUAAUUUAAUAAUCAAAAACAAUGAGUAAUAAGUAAUAUUAUCCCGUAUGAUAUUUUCUCUCAAUCACUUACUCUCUCUUUCUCUCUCUAUACUGUCGUGUCGUACCACAGGCGCGUUCUUUGAUCUCAUUUUUAUACAUAAUAUGUACAUAUCCAAAUGUUUUAUUUUUAUACGCGAUCACACACACACACACACACACACUACCUUAUACUUGUGUUAAUAAAUUAUAAAUGGUUAUAUAAUUCGAUAAACGUGUUAUAAUUCGUACACGCGUAAAUUAUGUUCGUUCAACAUUGUUGAUUAUUCGUUCACGUGCGAAUAUCGAUAAAUUGUGUUUAUAUAAUAUAUUACUCGUACAACUCAAUAAACGAGUACUUUCCAAAUGUUUUUAUAUAUUAUUAUUUAUUAUUAUUAUAGCUAUUAUUAUUGAUGUGUGCAUGUGUGUGUGUGUGAUUUUUUUAUAUUAUACAUAAUUAUUCAUUAUUUUAUUUAUAAACAUAUAUUAUAUUUAAUUUUUGUAUGCAUAAUAUUGUGCGGUGAUAUAUUAUAUUAAAAUAAUGAUGUAUCAUAUUAUUUUAUUAUUUAUCGCGUACAUGCGUCGGUCUGAAUAGCGACGAACUGCGUUGUGUAAACGAGCGUCUGUGAACACACACGUAUCAACGCGGUAGUCAAGCCAUGAUUCGCCACUGAACACUGCAAGUUCGACGCGCCGCGGUCCAUUGACAUGUUUGCACGCGCGUGUCUGUACCCUAUGGCUCUAUCGUCCGGCGUACGUGCAGCCUCGCACAUCGUCGUGGGGGCCUCUCCAUUUCCAUACCUUUACUGAAUUAUGUAUACACAAUAUAUUUUAUUAUUUCAUAUAAUUUUAAAUAGUAUAAACGUAAAGAAUAAGUCAUGAUCCGACGAUCAUUAUUUGUUUUCAUGACUACAAGAUUUUGAUAUUGUGUACCUAAAUGUUUUUUUUUUAUGUCUAUCGACAUAUACUAUACAUGUAUGUAUGUUUUUUUAACCUAUAUUGAAUUAACGUGUUGAACGUAGCCUAUAUUAGGCGAUUUAUUUUCUUUCUUUUUAUAAUUUAUUUAAUAAACUGUUACCAAACACAUUUUUGUCUA